AGCCCACCCCACUGAAGUCAGGGCAAAAUGCAGCUGUCCUGCUCAAGGCUCCAAGGCGGGGUACAACUGUAGACCUGUCGUGGCCCCACUCGGAUGACCCUGCUGCUGACCUCUGAGGUCCAGGCAGACGACAACCGUUGAAACCUACAAGGAGAAACUUGCCCGGAAACAGGACUUGAGGGGGCAGUGGAGCCCAUGCAGAUUGACGUGGACCCCCAGGAGGACCCGCAGAACGCGCCCGAUGUCAACUACGUGGUGGAGAACCCCACCUUGGACCUGGAGCAGUACGCGGCCAGCUACAGCGGCCUGAUGCGCAUUGAGCGCUUGCAGUUCAUUGCUGACCACUGCCCCCCGCUGCGGGUGGAGGCCCUGAAGAUGGCCCUCUCCUUCGUGCAGAGGACUUUCAACGUGGACAUGUAUGAGGAGAUCCACCGCAAGCUCUCAGAGGCUGCCAGGUCCUCCCUUAGGGAGCUGCAGAACACACCCGACGCCAUCCCAGAGAGUGGUGUGGAGCCCCCGCCCCUGGACACGGCCUGGGUGGAGGCCACCAGGAAGAAGGCCUUGCUGAAGCUGGAGAAACUGGACACUGACCUGAAGAACUACAAGGGCAACUCUAUCAAGGAGAGCAUCAGGCGCGGCCACGAUGACCUGGGUGACCACUAUCUGGACUGUGGGGACCUCAGCAACGCCCUCAAGUGUUACUCCCGGGCCCGGGACUACUGCACCAGCGCCAAGCAUGUCAUUAACAUGUGCCUCAACGUCAUCAAGGUCAGUGUCUACUUGCAGAAUUGGUCUCAUGUGCUGAGCUACGUCAGCAAGGCCGAGUCCACCCCGGAAAUUGCCGAGCAGCGUGGGGAGCGAGAUACCCAGACUCAGGCCAUCCUCACCAAGCUCAAGUGUGCGGCAGGCCUGGCGGAGUUGGCUGCACGCAAGUACAAACAGGCUGCCAAGUGCUUCCUGCUGGCUUCCUUUGAUCACUGCGACUUCCCAGAGCUGCUCUCUCCAAGCAACGUGGCCGUCUAUGGCGGCCUGUGUGCUUUGGCCACCUUUGACCGUCAGGAGCUGCAGCGCAAUGUCAUCUCCAGCAGUUCUUUCAAGCUGUUCUUGGAGCUGGAGCCACAGGUUCGGGACAUCAUCUUCAAAUUCUAUGAGUCCAAGUAUGCCUCGUGCCUGAAGAUGCUUGAUGAGAUGAAGGACAACCUACUCCUGGACAUGUACCUGGCCCCCCAUGUCAGGACCCUGUACACUCAGAUUCGCAACCGGGCCCUCAUCCAGUAUUUCAGCCCCUACGUGUCGGCAGACAUGCGCAAGAUGGCCACAGCCUUCAACACCACAGUGGCGGCACUGGAGGACGAGCUGACGCAGCUCAUCCUGGAGGGGCUCAUCAACGCCCGCAUCGACUCCCACAGCAAGAUCCUGUACGCCCGUGACGUGGACCAGCGCAGCACCACCUUUGAGAAGUCUCUGCUGAUGGGCAAGGAGUUCCAGCGCCGCGCCAAGGCCAUGAUCCUGCGGGCGGCCGUGCUGCGCAACCAGAUCCAUGUCAAGUCCCCUCCCCGAGAAGGGAGCCAGGGGGAGCUGACACCGGCCAACAGCCAGUCCCGCAUGAGCACCAACAUGUGAGGACCCCCGGUGGCCUCCAGGACGCCUCGCCCCACCUGCUCCAGGCCUCCCACCUGCUCCCGCAGCACGUCUGGAGGCAUCGACUGUGGCCUCUUGUGGGACCUGGCUGCUGGAUGAUGCAGCCCUCGGCCCCUUCCCUCCCCCUUGCUGCACCCUGUGCCGGGGGCCCUGGGGCAGAGGUGGGCUUUGCUGGAAGGGGGGCCUGCAGGGCUCACCCCUGUGGCACUCAGGGCCCCACCCGGCAGCACACCGCCCAGCCCCCAUGUUGGUGUGUCGUCUGGGGCUACAGUUGUUGAAUCUCAGUCCAUUAAAGGGCAGCCUGAGAACA